UUGUUUUAUGUCUAAAAAAAAUUGAAAAAUCACUAACUACAAAGCAACACAGUAACAGUUUAAUUUAUAGGUUUAUUUUAUUUUUAUUUACUUAAAUAUAAAUUUAAAUGUAUUUUGGCUGAUUCCAUUCAGGUACAUUGCAGAAAUGCCAUGAAAAAUAAUAACAAACCGAGGCAGGCAUUAUGAUUGAGUAGAAAUAGUUCAUGAACUUUUAUAUAUCUUAUCAGAAAAUAGAAUUUCAGAAUGAUUUUAUAUAGAAAUCCCCACAGUUAUGGUUCAAAAUUAGUUAUCAACCCCUAUCAGAGAACAUACAUGGCCAUCAUUUCUGUAGAAUGUUCACUUGUUUUUCUAUUAAUUUCCCUCAAUCCUGGCCUUAUUGCUUAAACAAUUGAAGGAAAAAGGUCACUAAUAUUUCCUGUGGUAGGAGUUUCACAUGGAGUAAGAUCCGUUCAUUUGCAGGUUCCCACACUGUUGUUACUUCCAGAGCUUUGGUGUUUGUCCUCCCCUGUAAACCAUUAGUUUUCUUUCUCUAAACACUCUUGUGCUCUCUCUCUCUCUCUCUCUCUCUCUCUGUCUUUCUCAUAAAUGAUUGUUGGUGGUGAGAGCCAGUGUGGUUCCUUGUAUGUGGCUUGAGGGACUAUGCUGCUGCUGGUAGCUCUGUGUCUGGUCUGCACUUAUAAAACCAUCUCCGCCACAGACAGCGUCCAGAACAGCAGCCGCACGCCACAGCUGGACUACAGCAGCCUGGCGCUGCCUCAGCAGCAUAUUCCAUUCUUUCUGCACAACAACAUACCACUGGCCAAACUCUGCAAGGAAGACCCGCUUUGCCCUUUUAAAGAUGCUCUGUUGCUCAAGAAGGCCUGCUGGGGAUAUGAAAAGAGCUGCUCCGCUGAGCACAGAUUCAGCUAUCCUGUGUGCACCAGUCUUGACUCAGGAUGGGCGAGCUCUAUUCAGGCUGCCCAGGAGCUGUUCUGGAAACAGGCAGAUUUUGGCUAUGUGAGGGAGCGUCUCAGUGAGAUGAAGACAUUGUGCAAGCCGUCAAGUCCUGGCGAUUCCUCUCUGAAGUGCUCCAGUCAUAUGCGGUUCUGCAUGGCCACAAAUCUGUACCUGGACCUGAGGAGUCCCCGCAGGGGUCACGAGAGGUAUAAAGAGGAUUUCCUGGAAAAGGGUGAGAUCGGUGGUCACUGCAGCCUUAAUAGUAAAGCACUAGAUGCAGAAGGGACACACAAGAGUCCUCUUCAGUCUUGGUUUGCUGAAUUGCAGACAUACUCAGAGCUUGACUUCCACCCCCUGGACGAUGGCCAUUGUGAUGUUAUAAUUGAUAGACCAACCGUCUUCAUGAAGCUUGAUGCAGGAGUGAACAUGUACCAUCAUUUCUGUGACUUUGUUAACCUCUACAUCUCGCAACACCUCAACAAUUCCUUCAGUCGUGACAUAAACAUCGUCAUGUGGGACACAAGUGUGUAUGGAUAUGGAGACCUGUUCAGUGAAACGUGGAAGGCUUUCACACAUUAUGACAUCAUUCACCUCAAAAACUUUGACUCCAAAAGGGUGUGUUUUAGAGACGCAUUUUUCUCUCUCCUUCCAAGAAUGCGAUAUGGCCUUUUCUACAACACCCCUCUUAUCUCUGACUGCCACAGCGAGGGGCUGUUCAAGGCAUUUUCCCAGCAUGUCCUUUAUCGACUCAAAAUCCCACAAGAUGGACCGAAGGAGCGCCAAGUCCGUGUCACUCUGUUGGCAAGAAGCACUGAGUACCGUAGGAUAAUAAACCAGCAGGAGCUUAUCAAUGCCCUGAAGACUGUGCCUUUAUUCGAGGUCAAGCUGGUGGAUUACAAAUUCAAAGAGAUGCCGUUUCUGGAGCAGAUCCACGUCACACACAACUCUGAUAUCUUCAUUGGGAUGCAUGGAGCCGGACUGACCCACCUCCUCUUUCUUCCCGACUGGGCCGUCAUAUUUGAAUUGUACAACUGUCAAGAUGAGAGCUGCUACCGUGAUCUGGCCCGACUGAGGGGAGUCCAUUACAUGACUUGGCAGAAAAGGGACAAAGUGUUCCCCCAGGAUAAGGGUCAUCACCCUACUCUUGGGGAACAUCCUAAGUUUACCAACUACACUUUUGACGUAGAGGAGUUCAUGCGGUUAGUCCUUCUAGCGGCCGAACAUGUGACCCGGCACCCGGAGUGGCACGCAAAACAAGCCCGAGAUGAACUGUAGCCUGUAAAACAUGGAACAUCUUCUGCAAGGAUGAACAAUGAACACACUCCUACGAACUCUCUGCACUCUUAUACUCCUAUAGCUAUGCUAACGAAAAGCAAAUGGCUAAUAUGUGAAAGCACAUUUUACUUUCAGAAAAAAGCAUCUGCUCUGAUCCUGUUACAUUCUGAAGCUGUUACAUUCUGCACAUGGAGGUGAUGGGUAUGUUGUUAAAAGACUCACACUUCAGUAGAAGAUGUAUUGUUUUGAUGUAUUUUGUGUGGUUUGUACCUACCCUCAGGUAUAUGUGGGCUUUUUAUAGAGACUACACUUUUACACCUGAUUUAAGUGCAGCUUUGUGAUUUAUUUCAAAAUUGCUAUGGGUUGAAUUUCAAUACAGUUUAUAAGACACCUUUAGACAGCACUCCACCCCCCCCUUUGGGUACUGAACUAAUGUUGAGUCCACCCACAUAGAUUGGUAGCAUUUUUUAUGACAGUCAAACCACAUUUAAAGCAUUUUUAUUUUGCUUUUAAAUGCAUUAAGGCAAGGGAGAUGACUUCAUAUUUAUUACAGUGUCAGUUACUUUUUAAUUUGUAGUCAUUAUGUAAAUGCAAAACACUCCAGUCCUGUUGCACUCACUAGAGUGUUCGGUAUUGCUUCACUUUAUAAAGUAUUUCUUUCAGUAUUAAAAUGUGUCUGAACAUUUCAAAAGUUGCUGGAAAGGAUCUGAAUGUUAAGUUCUGGUUUGAGUCAAAGUAUUUAAUGAAAUCCUAUCAUGAUAUUUUAUUUUUUUUUAUUAUUAGGACUCAGUGUUUUUGAAAACAUCUGUUUUGUAUUUGUAUGCAUUUGGAAACUGAAAUGAAGCUAUUUAAAACA